GGUGAGAGCUGGGACCGCCAGCCCGGCGGAUGCUGCAGCCGCGGAGGGCGGCCAGGGAGACGCUCUCCAACUGUUGAAUUGAAUUUUCACCUUUCAUUUCCUCUGAUGCUUUGCUUGCGGAGAUGGAUUUAUUUGCUUUGAAAUCCGCGAGUCUUUCGCAGGCUGUGAGCUGAUCCUGACAGGCACCAGAUUGAAAGAGACCACCCGUGGCAGAAAAGGAGGAAAAAAAAAACAAACCAAAAAAACAAAAAAAAAACAAAAAACCUCCACAACGGACUGCACAAUUAACUAUGCACACCGGUGCUGGACUUUGUGACUAGAGAACAUUGAGGGGAAAAUCUUGAACUAUGGUGCGGGGCUAAGCUAUGAACAUUCACUGGAAUCCUGAUUUCCCCCCAAGACUCUGAAAGAUUUUGGGGUGUCUCACGUCUAAUCAAGAGGAAAGGGUUUUUUUUUUUUUUAACUAAUAAUUAUAAUAAAUAAAUACACCUAGCAAAAACAGAAGCCUUGUUUUCCAGAGCCUCGGACUCCGGCAGAAAGAGGUAGUGUAAAAGUGCUGCUGGAUUCAGCUUCACCUUCUUCCUUCCCUCCCUCCCUUUCUCUCGCUUUUUCUUUAUCUCCAAAACAUGAAUCUCGCUUUUCUUUCUGUUGAGUGAGUCAGAGAAAGCGUUAGGAAGAAGCUGCAACUAAUGUCUGUGAAGGGAGGACCAUGAGGCGAGAGUGAAUACGAUUCGUUCCGCUGCUUCUGACUCAUCCGGCAGAUCAGAACACCUGCAUUUCUGGAUGUGUCAUUCCCGUAUGUCGAGGCGCGUCGAGAACCCGAAAUAUGUAUAGACAGACCUGUGCCUAAUAUCCCCCCAGAGGUGUCUCCCCGGGGUGGGCGCCCCUGGCAGGAUCGAGGCUUUUUUUUUUUUUUUUUUUUUUGGCUGCAGCUCUUCACACCCUGCCCUCCCCGAGUCGCCCAGAGAGACUGAGUACGAGGCAGACUGCAGAAUGCAUCACGCCAAACCUUGAUGUGUUUCUCUCCUCCAGCCCACUCCUUCUACUAUUAAAUUUUUUUGAAGAAAAAAAAAAAACCCGCACUUUAUUCGCUUCAAAUAUUCGCCACUUUUAUUCCUAGCCAAGGUUUUCCUUUUUAAAUGAAGAGGACUGAGAGGCAGGGCCAUUGGAAGGAGAUGCUGAAUAGAAAGAAAAGAGAGGCACUUGACAGCCCAGCCCUGUGAAUGCAGAGACUGUUUCCCUUCUAGCGAGAGACAGGGAGUGUGUGUGUGCUAGGACUGGGAGGGUGGCUCCCCCUUCCUUUUUAUUCCGCCUCUCCCUCCCCCUGCAAAUCUGCACAUCCAACCAUGAGUUGCCUGUUGAUUUCCUUUCGCCUGGGAAGAAAAGCAAACUGGAAUUAAACUGCAUGGAGAGAAGUCCUUGCUUGCGGGCAGAGGAUGGGAUGGUAGCGGCAGCUCCUGCCUGGGUUUAGGGAAAUCUCUGAGUGUGUGUUCUACGAGCAGAGGCGGAGAUAUAUCUAUAUAUUUUCCCCUCCCAAUAGACUCACACAGCAAACGCUGAUCUGGCUGUGGUUUUCCUGACUUGGGGGAGAGCCUUUUCCGAGGAAGAGAGGGAGGAGCCUGCUGGAGGGAGGAAACUACAAAUCGGGACACUAGUUCUUUGCGCUGCAUUUCCUCCCCUCCCUUUGGCUGCUCGGAAAGGAGAGAGAGAGAGAGGGGGGAAAAAAAAAAAUACGCUGGGCUGGGAGAUGCAGUCCGCCGCCGCCGCUGCUUCCACCGGCAAUGCAAGAUUAAAUCUCUAAAUGCAGCAAAACACUGCCUGAAAACAGACUAGCCCGCGAAGCAAGCAGACAUUUCACAGAGCUCCGGGGAAGCUUCAAAAUACGCCCGACUCUCUCCUCAUUGCUCCUCGUCCCCACCAAUUUGAGACGAAAAAUAAGUAAGGAUUUUACUUUCAGAUCUGCCUGGAGACACACCUCCCUGCUCCCUCCCCCACUAGCUGUGAAGAGUAUUCCAGAGACUAAGGGCGGGAGUGGAUUUGCAGCGCCCUAGCGGGAGCGAGGAAAACCUACGGAUUCUUGAGCUCAUUAUCAUUCCUCCCGGACGCGAUUUCCUUCUCUUCUCCGGCCUCAUCGCUCAAGUUUGAGUCGCCCGAAGUCCGGGCAGGAGAAACAAAGCCCGGGGCUCGCCCCCAGCCGCAGGGAGUCGCCGCCUUUUUCGGUGGCCCUGCGGCUUCCCUGCACCGCUGCUUCUCGCCCAGUGCGGAUGCUGUAGAUCAACAGGUUCGGGGAACUUGAGCGGAAUAACGAAAGACCGCCAGUGCCGCAGCCGGGGAGCCCAGGGAAAGAAGGACCCACAGACUUGUGGCUCGCGCCUCGCGCACGCAGCGCAGGGACUCCAAGCUGGCGCGCGCCCACCGGCUCGCCUCUCCGGUCCGGCUGCUCCUGCCCCCACCCCACCGGUCUGGGAUGUACCUUUCCAUCUGUUGUUGUUUCCUCCUAUGGGCCCCUGCCCUGACGCUCAAAAACCUCAACUACUCGGUGCCAGAGGAGCAAGGGGCCGGCACGGUGAUCGGCAACAUCGGCAAGGAUGCCCGGCUGCAGCCGGGGCUUCCGCCCGCGGAGCGAGGCGGCGGCGGGCGUAGCAAGUCCGGCAGCUACCGGGUGCUGGAGAACUCCGCGCCGCACCUGCUGGACGUGGACGCCGACAGCGGGCUGCUCUACACCAAGCAGCGCAUCGACCGCGAGUCCCUGUGCCGCCACAACGCCAAGUGCCAGCUGUCCCUCGAGGUGUUCGCCAACGACAAGGAGAUCUGCAUGAUCAAGGUGGAGAUCCAGGACAUCAACGACAAUGCGCCCUCGUUCCCCUCGGACCAGAUCGAGAUGGACAUCUCCGAGAAUGCCGCCCCGGGCACCCGCUUCCCGCUCACCAGCGCGCACGACCCGGACGCGGGCGAGAACGGGCUCCGCACCUAUCUGCUCACGCGCGACGACCACGGCCUCUUCGCGCUGGACGUCAAGUCCCGCGGCGACGGCACCAAAUUCCCAGAGCUGGUCAUCCAGAAGGCCCUGGACCGCGAGCAGCAGAACCACCACACGCUGGUGUUGACCGCCCUGGAUGGCGGCGAGCCGCCGCGCUCAGCCACGGUGCAGAUCAACGUGAAGGUGAUUGACUCCAACGACAACAGCCCGGUCUUCGAGGCUCCGUCCUACCUGGUGGAACUGCCCGAGAACGCCCCUCUGGGCACCGUGGUCAUUGAUCUGAACGCCACAGACGCCGACGAGGGUCCCAAUGGUGAGGUGCUCUACUCCUUCAGCAGCUAUGUGCCAGACCGCGUGCGGGAGCUCUUCUCCAUCGACCCCAAGACCGGCCUGAUCCGCGUCAAGGGCAACCUGGACUACGAGGAGAACGGGAUGCUGGAGAUCGAUGUGCAGGCCAGAGACCUGGGGCCCAACCCCAUUCCUGCCCACUGCAAGGUCACUGUCAAGCUCAUCGACCGCAACGACAACGCGCCGUCUAUCGGUUUCGUCUCCGUGCGCCAGGGGGCGCUGAGCGAGGCCGCCCCGCCUGGCACCGUCAUCGCCCUGGUGCGGGUCACUGACCGCGAUUCGGGCAAGAACGGACAGCUGCAGUGCCGAGUCCUGGGCGGAGGAGGGACGGGCGGCGGCGGCCUGAGCGGGUCCGGGGGGUCGGUGCCCUUCAAGCUGGAGGAGAACUAUGACAACUUCUACACCGUGGUGACCGACCGCCCGCUGGACCGCGAGACCCAGGACGAGUACAACGUGACCAUCGUGGCGCGGGACGGGGGCUCGCCUCCACUCAACUCCACCAAGUCAUUCGCCGUCAAGAUUCUGGACGAGAAUGACAAUCCCCCUCGGUUCACCAAAGGACUGUACGUGCUGCAGGUGCACGAGAACAACAUUCCAGGAGAGUACCUGGGCUCCGUGCUCGCCCAGGAUCCCGACCUGGGGCAAAACGGCACCGUGUCCUACUCCAUCCUGCCCUCGCACAUUGGCGACGUGUCCAUCUACACCUAUGUGUCCGUGAACCCCACCAAUGGGGCCAUCUACGCGCUGCGCUCCUUUAACUACGAGCAGACCAAGGCUUUUGAGUUCAAGGUGCUUGCUAAGGACUCGGGUGCGCCCGCGCACCUGGAGAGCAACGCUACCGUGAGGGUGACAGUGCUAGACGUGAAUGACAACGCGCCGGUGAUCGUGCUGCCCACGCUGCAGAACGACACGGCUGAGCUGCAGGUGCCGCGCAACGCUGGCCUGGGCUACCUGGUGAGCACCGUGCGGGCCCUCGACAGCGACUUCGGCGAGAGUGGGCGCCUCACCUACGAAAUCGUAGACGGUAAUGACGACCACCUGUUUGAGAUCGAUCCGUCCAGCGGCGAGAUCCGCACACUGCACCCUUUCUGGGAGGACGUGACACCCGUGGUGGAGCUGGUGGUGAAGGUGACUGACCACGGAAAGCCCACCCUGUCCGCAGUGGCCAAACUCAUCAUCCGCUCGGUGAGCGGCUCCUUGCCCGAGGGAGUUCCCCGGGUGAACGGCGAGCAGCACCACUGGGACAUGUCGUUGCCGCUCAUCGUGACUCUGAGUACGAUCUCCAUUAUCCUCCUAGCGGCCAUGAUCACCAUCGCGGUCAAGUGCAAGCGCGAGAACAAGGAGAUCCGCACCUACAACUGCCGAAUCGCAGAAUACAGCCACCCGCAGCUGGGUGGAGGCAAGGGCAAGAAGAAGAAGAUCAAUAAAAAUGAUAUCAUGCUGGUGCAGAGCGAGGUGGAAGAGAGGAACGCCAUGAACGUCAUGAACGUGGUGAGCAGCCCUUCCCUGGCCACCUCCCCCAUGUACUUUGACUACCAGACCCGUCUGCCCCUCAGCUCGCCCCGGUCCGAGGUGAUGUAUCUCAAGCCUGCCUCCAACAACCUGACUGUCCCUCAGGGGCACGCGGGCUGCCACACCAGCUUCACUGGACAAGGGACUAACGCGAGCGAGACCCCUGCCACUCGGAUGUCCAUAAUCCAGACAGACAAUUUUCCCGCAGAGCCCAAUUACAUGGGCAGCAGGCAGCAGUUUGUUCAAAGUAGCUCCACGUUUAAGGACCCAGAAAGAGCCAGCCUGAGAGACAGUGGGCACGGGGACAGUGAUCAGGCUGACAGUGACCAAGACACUAACAAAGGCUCCUGCUGUGACAUGUCUGUUAGGGAGGCACUCAAGAUGAAAACUACUUCAACUAAAAGCCAACCACUUGAACAAGAACCGGAAGAGUGUGUUAAUUGCACAGAUGAAUGCCGAGUGCUUGGUCAUUCUGACAGGUGUUGGAUGCCACAGUUCCCUGCAGCCAAUCAGGCUGAAAAUGCAGAUUACCGCACAAAUCUCUUUGUACCCACAGUUGAAGCUAAUGUUGAGACUGAGACUUACGAAACUGUGAAUCCCACUGGGAAAAAGACUUUUUGUACAUUUGGAAAAGACAAGCGAGAGCACACUAUUCUCAUUGCCAAUGUUAAACCUUAUUUAAAAGCCAAACGUGCCCUGAGCCCUCUCCUCCAAGAGGUGCCCUCAGCAUCAAGCAGCCCAACCAAGGCAUGCAUCGAGCCUUGCACCUCAACAAAAGGCUCUCUGGAUGGUUGUGAAGCAAAACCAGGAACCCUGGCUGAAGCAAGCAGCCAGUACUUGCCCACUGACAGUCAGUACCUGUCACCCAGUAAGCAACCAAGAGACCCUCCAUUCAUGGCUUCAGAUCAGAUGGCAAGGGUCUUCGCGGAUGUGCAUUCAAGAGCCAGCCGGGAUUCCAGUGAGAUGGGAGCUGUUCUUGAGCAGCUUGACCACCCCAGCAGAGAUCUGGGCAGAGAGUCUGUGGAUGCAGAGGAAGUCGUGAGAGAAAUUGACAAGCUUUUGCAGGACUGCCGGGGAAAUGACCCUGUGGCUGUGAGAAAGUGAGGGGAAAAAAAAAAAAAAAGCAUUGGCAUUUUCUUGUCUCUUCUGUUGAUUUAAAAAACUAUCCCUUAUGGUGACGACCCAUUUUACAGGGAUGAAGAAAGACCAAUGCUACUUUAAGGCUUUUAGUGAACAUCUGAAGUGCCCACAAGUAUGUUCUUUUCACUGCUGUUUCUUUUACAGAGAUAACAAUGGUUUUGUUUUGAUCAAACUUAUAUUAGGACAGAAUUAAUGAUGCUCAAAGAGAAAAA